CUUUAAAAUCUCCGAUGGAACACUUGUUGGGUCUUCUCAGAAUUCAUGUCCACAGAGGUGUAAACCUUGCUGUCAGAGAUCUCAAGAGCAGCGACCCUUACGUUAUUGUUAGAUUUGGCAAACAGAAAUUAAAGACUCGUGUGAUAAAGAGGAAUCUCAAUCCCGAGUGGAAUGAAGAUCUGACACUCUCUGUCUCAGACCCAAAUACUCCAAUCAAGCUAAUGGUGUACGACAAGGAUACAUUCACGCCCGAUGACAAAAUGGGAGAUGCAGAGUUUGACAUUAAACCAUUCGUAGAAGCUGUGAAGAUGCACUUGCAAGACCUCCCUAAUGAAACCAUAAUCACAAAAAUUAAACCAAGCCGGGAAAACUGCCUUGCUGAAGAAAGCUGUAUUAUCUGGACAAACGGCAAAGUUGUCCAAAAUUUGGUUCUGAAACUGCGAAAUGUCGAGCGAGGUGAAGUAGAACUCCAGCUGCAGUGGAUUGAUAUUCCAGGUUCUAGAGAGCCGCUGCCUCUAUUGCCUGUUCGUCACGAGUCACUCUCACAAAGGCUGAAGCUGAAAGUUGCAAGCACAAGCUGUGCACAAAGGGCUUCACUCCGGCGUCGUCCUUCCUCAGGGCUAUCGAAUAUCUCAGAUCGUCGCCAAUCGUCCCUUCUCAAGACUUAA